CGUCCGCGCCGCCCGCCGCACCAUACCGCGCGACGCUCGCGGCCAACACUUUUCCGCUCGAAAGCACGUGUUAAAAUAAUUGCUUCCCGAAAAAAGUAAUCGUCAUGAGUCAUGCCGAUUAACAGCUGCAACCUUCCCAAACCCUUGUGAAACGUUCCGAAGAAACAAGAUAAAUUACAACCAAGUUUUAUUAAAAGCUGUAAGGAGCACUUGUUUAUAAUCUACCUAUAAGCAUAUGAGUAAUGUAAACAGAGAGCGGAUUGAUUGUGUUCUUUAAAAUGUGAUUGGGUUAAACAAUGUUUUGAUUGCGUAUCUGAAUAGCAGCUCUUAAAAAAAAUGUGUAUUUUAGUUACCUAAUUAGUUAUCGGAAAUUGAAGCCUUGUCUUAAGAUUUAAAUUUUGUCUUAAGUAGGUAUGUAGGUAUCUAAGAAACAAUUAACCUAUACAAUAUUAGGCAGCUAUGGAAAGGCUAAAUAAAUUGUACAUUUAAUAUCUCCCUAUAUAAUUUCAGCUAAUUAGAAAGAAGUUGUAUAUAAUCAUUUGAAAGAUUUUCGCUAACAAAUUACACAUUCGUCUCUAUCUGUCUUGAAAAUCUCAUUUAAACUUCAAUCAGAAUAAUAUUUGAGGAUAAUCUCCACAAAUGACUGUACUGAAUAAUUGAUAGGCACCUGCUACCAAACUUAUUAGUGGGUUCGUGUUCGAAUCCGCGUGUAAUCCUUGAAGGAAAUCUUGUCGCGCCGUCGUUAAUCACUGUUGGAUUUAGUUAUCUUGUACAACUGCUGUCCUCGCAAUAUUUCUAAGGCGAGGUCUUGUGAGCCAUUUACAUUGGCACAAUAGGUCCUUCCCGAUCGGGGCCAGAGGCAUUGUACACAGAUGAGAGCCGUCGCCUCCCGCAUUUCAGCAUAGAUUCAAAACUCUAUUGUGACUAUUUCAAUGUGCUUACCUAGGUACUUGUUUACUCUACUAUCUCUAUUCGUUACCUAAUAUAUUUCAAGCUAAAGUAUACACAAACUGUUACUUGUCGUUAUUUGUUUGGAAAAAAAGCGCUGUUGAGUGAAGAAUUUAUUUAAAUUACUUAGCAGAUUUAAAAAUAUAGAUUUAAGCAAGUAUUUUAUCUGAAUACAAAAGUAAAGAAACAGGGUUUAUGUGAAAAGUUUUUGGGCAUCGGCUGUGCUUAAUCAAACGCCCAGUUGAUCCGCCGAGCCGGUCAUUAGGGCUUCCGACUUAUCUCAUAGAUACCCAUUAUCUCCAGCUAUCUAGAUCGAUAAUGCCCCACUGUCGUUAUGGUAGGUCUAUCAUUCGAUAUACUCUGCUGAACGCGUCAGUGGAUUAAUUAGUUGAUUGAUUUUUGGAAAAUAUUCUCUUUAAUCGUGUGGUUUAUUUUAGAGUCAGUUUUUUGGAGAUAUUUACUUUGAUUUAUUUUGUUUAAAUGUGUGUUAUGAAGUGUUGAGCUCGGUGACCGGAGACUGUGGUGUCCUGUGCAGUGUAGUGCAGGUGUGACCAGCGGGAUGGCCGGCGGGCCCCGGCCGCGCUAGAUCGAUCCCGCGACAGCGCCACAGCGACGCGCCCAGCUCCGUGAGGGUGUGAGCGCAGCACGCGCCGCGCGGUGGGAUGCCGGUGAGAAAGGGGCUACUCGCGCCCCAGAACACCUUCCUCGAUACCAUCGCUACACGCUUCGAUGGCACACACAGCAACUUCGUGUUGGGCAACGCUCAAGUGCCGGCAUACCCGAUCGUGUACUGCUCGGACGGGUUCUGCGAGCUGACGGGGUGGGCGCGUGCGCACAUCAUGCAGAAGGGAUGCGCCUGCAAGUUCCUGCACGGCCCCGACACCAGAGACGAGCAUCGCGGCGAGAUCGACGCCGCCCUCGACUCCAAACAUGAACUCAAACUCGAGCUUAUUUUCUAUAAAAAAAAUGGCAGCCCGUUCUGGUGUUUGCUCGAUAUCGUCCCAAUUAAGAAUGAGAAGCGCGAAGUGGUAUUGUUCUUGGCCUCGUUCAAGGACAUCACCAACACCAAGAUGGCCGCCAUGAGCACUAAUGAGGACUUCGACAGCGGAGCCGCGGUGCGGCCUUCGGCUGGCGUGGUCACUCUAGCGUUAUCCCCAUUUGUACCCGCAGCGGCACUCUUGGGCGCCCGGUUCCGCGCUGAAUCUAGUUGCCUACUUCCAGACCCGAAUGGCAAUCUUGACCCCGAAGCACCCUCGCCCGCCAACAUGGGCAGGCGUCGCUCUAGGGCCGUCCUAUACCAGCUUUCAGGACAUUAUAAGCCAGAAAAGACGAAGACAAAACUAAAACUCAACAAUGUAAGUAAGAACCUCCUACACUCAUCAGACCCACCGUUGCCCGAGUACAAAACGUCUGCGAUAAAGAAGUCAAAAUUUAUUAUUUCACAUUACGGAGUAUUUAAAACGUUUUGGGACUGGUUGAUAUUGAUAGCGACGUUUUAUGUGGCGGUUGUGGUUCCGUACAACGCGAGCUUCGUUGACGAGGGUCACCCCAGGAUCAGUGUGACCAGUGAUGUUGUGGUCGAGGCACUUUUCAUCGUCGAUAUAGUCCUCAAUUUCCGUACGACAUUCGUGAGUAAGAAAGGCGAGGUGGUGUCUGAUUGGAAAGCGAUAGCGCUUAAUUACAUCCGCAGUUGGUUCGUCGUGGACCUCCUAGCGGCAUUGCCUUUCGACCUACUUUACGCAUCCGAUGUCUACAGUGGGGCGGAAUCGACGCAUGGGAACGUCCACUUAGUAAAGCUAACAAGGCUACUCCGCUUGGCCAGACUACUGCAGAAGAUGGACAGAUACUCUCAGUACUCAGCACUGAUCCUCACUCUCCUGAUGCUAUCCUUCACGCUGGUGGCUCACUGGCUCGCCUGCAUAUGGUUUAUUAUCGCCGAGAAGGAAAUCGAAUACCAUAAGCAUGAAAACUGGGAUUUAGGUAAUCCACAUCUAGGGUGGAUAAACAACUUGGCGGAUCGGUUGAAAGUGCCGAUACCGAACAUAUCGCACAGUGAGAGUUAUGUGACGGCUUUAUACUUCACAUGUUCGUCGCUGACCAGUGUCGGGUUUGGUAACGUGGCGGCCAACACGGUCCCGGAGAAGAUCUUCAGCAUACUCGUCAUGUUGAUUGGAGCUCUAAUGCAUGCCGUAGUGUUCGGCAACGUGACAGCGAUCAUCCAGCGGAUGUACUCACGCCGGUCCAUGUACCAGAGCAAGUGGCGCGACCUGAAGGACUUCCUCUCCAUCAACCAGGUGCCCAAGGAACUGAAGCAGAGGAUGCAGGACUACUUCCAGACCAUGUGGUCGUUGAACCACGGCAUCGACAUUCAUGAGACCCUGAAGGAGUUUCCUGAGGAGUUGAGGGGAGAUGUAUCGCUCCACCUGCACAGGGAAAUUCUAUCCCUCCCUAUAUUCGAGUCUGCGUCACAAGGCUGUUUGAAGUUGUUGUCUUUGCACAUCCGUAGCAACUUCUGUGCACCCGGCGAGUACUUAGUGCACAAAGGUGAUGCACUGACGUAUAUAUACUACAUAUGCAACGGAUCUAUGGAAGUGAUGCAGAAUGACAUGGUCGUCGCUAUACUGGGUAAGGGGGAUCUGGUGGGGUGCGAUAUGAAUACACAUCUACAAGCUUAUAAUGGGACCGGGCAGUCGCAAUCCAACCCCGAUGUUGUUGUCAAGUCGAGCAGCGAUGUUAAGGCAUUAACAUAUUGCGACCUAAAGUGCAUCCACAUGGGUGGUCUAGCGGAGGCACUGCGUCUUUACCCAGAAUACCAACAAGAGUUUAUCCACGAUAUCCAACAUGACUUGACGUACAACCUUAGAGAAGGUUACGAAGCGGAGCAGGAGUCCGACGGCAACGGCCAUCCCUCACUGACGUUACCCUCGAUAUCAGAAGACGAUGAAAACGCCGCCGAAGACCACGCCUUAUCGCCCAAGAAACCCAUGUCAAACACCAAUAGCCCGAGACAUGCGAAAUUCAGGUCGGAUGGAGUGCAGAGGUUGUCCCAUAGGGAACUGAGAGAGCGAAUAGAACGGCAACGUUCAGUCGCCACGCCCAAGAUUACACGAGCAGACUCCUUAGAGGGUUUGAACCUGGAGAUGCACAUGCACAAUACUCGGUCAUCAGUAGAAAGGCUGGACACACAAGUCUCCAGUCUUCAUCACGACGUGGCCGCACUCAGCAUGGAGGUAAGUAAGGUUCGACAUGCUAUCCAAGCUCUCCAAGAGAUGACGGCGGCCCCUACAGGCUGGCACGCGGCGCAUUCCAACCCCAACUUGCAGUGGAACGCGCCACCUAACCAGCUCGCAAGGAGCUGCAGCCAUCCUCCUGAUGUCUUCUGUUGGGAUCAGCAAGAAAGACCGCUGACUCCGACAAAAAUGAACCGGAGUACGCAGACAGAGCCGUUCCUUCAUCUGGUGACCCAGUACAUCAUGGAGCACCCGGCGACGGUGAUGCUGCUGCUCGGGCUCGACCCCAUGGCCAACCUGGCUCCGGUGAUGGCUCCUACCGUCGACUACUACGACACCCGGGGCCGACGCCCCAGCGUGCUCGAACAGAUCGUAGAGUCUGAGAACGGCAGCCAAACACCGUCCAGCACUACAAGCGAAAAAAUCGAACCCAGAAGCCUAACAGGCAGUGCUAAAGACCUAGACAUACAACCUGAAAUGAAAAGACUAUUAGACAAAGACUGCAAACCUCAUCACCUGAAGAGGAACAGGUACUCCGCAAGUGAUAUCUGCGAGGAGUCCGAGAGGCUGCUGUCCAGCAAAACGAAACACCCGAGUACGCGCAGUCUCAAAUUCAACCUUAACAGUUAAGUAAAGAUUCCAUAUUUGUAUUAAUACAUUCUGCUCAUUAGACGUUAGACAUUAAAGUAGUUAACUAAAUCUAGCCUCAGUUCCUUUAGUAAUAACUAUAUCGAUGUGAAAGGUUUCAAUUUACUAAGUACGUGAUUUCUCAAGUAAUAACAUUGCUUUUCUAUCAACGAAAUCUAAGUUAUAUUUUUAUACUUCGUUUAACUUGAACCGCCUGGUCAGCGAUUGCAGUGAACAAGGGGUUUCCCUGUAGUGUUAGACUAUUUAUUAUUCUUGUGUCAAAAUGUUACAUAUUUACGAGUUGUACAUAUCAAUCAAUUUUAAUAAAUCGUUUAACUAUUAGGUAGAGCAUAAGAUGUUCAUGAAUUCUCUAGUCACUGUUACGGUAAUAAGAGAGAGAUAAGUGAAAAUUAUGCAAAUAUAAAGGCAAAUGUUCCCAUUGGAGUACUUAGUACAGGCACAAUUUAUUGUACUAUUCAUUUACAUAUUUUGAAAAUUAACUUCAUACAUAUUUGAUUCUUUAAUUAUAUUGUAAUAGUGGGACCUUUUUGAAGCUUGCUACUAAGUGGGUGAAAUUCAGUCGUCACGUGGAUUUCAUAAAGAAAAAAAUCUUUUAUGAUAUAUUUUUUGUGAUAAAUAUUGCCGAUAAUUACGGUGUGUUUAAGUAGGACAAUACUGGAGUAGAUCAUUCAUAGAAUAAGUGUAAACCGAUGCGAUAUCCUUCUAAAUGUUGACUAAUUAACUUCCUCAAAUACUAACAGACACUGUUGAUCUCAAACAAUGUAUUGUAUAGAAUACAAACAUCAAUUUAACGGUCUUCCUUUCUUCUUAACGUUAGUAGGUAGAUGUACAUUGUAGCCUUUGUAGGUACCUAUAUACCUACAGUUUGUGGAAAAUACCAUUCAGUUCGAGGUGCUCUGGAAACGAUAAUUAUGGUACGCUAUAUGUGUCAAAUAGAUAUAUAGCUGCAACGUUCAAAUAAAUUGUGCCAAAAGAAAAUUUGUAUUGUACUUAUAAAUAUAAAAUUAAUAAAAAUAAAGAAAGAUACGUUAUAUCAAUUUAUAGGUUAUAAAUAAAUCUUGCCGUACAGAAUGUAUUUUUUGAUCAACUCUCUUAGGGCAAUUUUAGAGUGGCACAAAAAUUGAUUUCUUAUUUUUUUUCCAAAGAAAAGUGGAAGUCGAGUGAAUAAUGAUAGGUAUUAUUGAUAGGUAAAUGUUCAUUUACGUCCUAUUGUCGACACUGUAUUUUACCGAAGACCUCGGCUUUUGUGGGAUUAUAGGUAUUUUCAUAACUGAUUCAAAAAAGAUCUGUCUUCUGAAAUUGUAUUAAUUUAAAUAUGAUUAUAGUAACUUAAAAGUGAUUGUCUAAAAGAUUGGUAACUUUCACAGUAAAUAUCGAUAUUUUUACCUCAACAAGUUAUGGUUAAAUAAUAGAUCAGUUCAUGUAAUUGUUACAUCCAUAUAUGUAUACAAUAUUACUAAAUAUAUACUAUUUGUACAUAA